AGGCCCCAGCCCCGGCCCCGUCCCGACCCCCCCCCCCCGGCCCCCCCGCGAUGUUCCACGGCGUGGCGGCCCCGCCGGGGCUGGGCGGUCCCGGGGCUCGGCCGGAGCUGUACGAGGAGGUGAAGCUCUACAAGAACGCGCGGGAGAGGGAGAGGUACGACAACAUGGCCGAGCUCUUCGCCGUGGUGAAGACGCUGCAGGCGCUGGAGAAGGCCUACAUCAAGGACUGCGUCUCCCCCAACGAGUACACCGCGGCCUGCUCCCGCCUCCUGGUGCAGUUCAAAGCCGCCCUCAAGCAGGUGCAGGGCUCCGAGAUCAGCUCCAUCGAUGACUUCUGCCGCAAGUUCCGCCUCGACUGCCCGCUGGCCAUGGAGAGGAUCAAGGAGGACCGGCCCAUCACCAUCAAGGACGACAAGGGCAACCUCAACCGCUGCAUCGCCGACAUCGUCUCCCUCUUCAUCACCGUGAUGGACAAGCUGCGCCUGGAGAUCCGCGCCAUGGACGAGAUCCAGCCGGACCUGCGGGAGCUGAUGGAGACGAUGAACCGCAUGAGCCACCUGCCCCCCGACUUCGAGGGCCGCCAGAAGGUGAACCAGUGGCUGCAGACGCUGAGCGGGAUGUCGGCCUCGGACGAGCUGGACGACUCCCAGGUGCGGCAGAUGCUGUUCGACCUCGAGUCCGCCUACAACGCCUUCAACCGCUUCCUGCACGCCUGAGGCGCCCGCGCCACCGCUGCCCCGCAUCCCCAGCGCGUUACGGGGGCGCCGCGGCCCCAAAACGCUGUGGUGGCCCCCGUCUGCGGCGCUGCCGCGCGCGGGGAUGGGCAAUAAACCCCUCGGCCAGC